AUGUCGUACUCAAACCAUGUAACUCCUGAUAUUGAUGAAUUCAUUAUACCAGAUGAUCUGGAAACACCAAAUACUUCAAGAAAUAAUCAAGGGGGUGGUACAUCACCAUUCUCAGCGUUCAAUCUUCUUCCUAAAGUUGAUUUAUCAUCAGCAUUUGGACCAUUUUCUGGGAAUUAUGGAGGUCAAUUACCUGUAAAUGUGAAAAUAAAGGAACGCCAGUAUUCUGGUGGGGAUACAUUAGAUGAACCUGUUUGGGUAACUUUGAAAAGAGAUUUAUUACAAAUUGGUAAACGAUUGGCUAUAGUCAUAUGGCCGAUGCAAUUGGCACAAUUGGCCAAGAGACAGCAAUCACGAUUUGUUAGUUUUGCCAAUUCUAACGGUAUAAACAUUCCUGAACGUUUAGGGAAUAUACUUCCUGGCGGCGGAAUAGAUGAUGAUAAUAACAAUGAACAAACUACUGGGAUAUCUAGUAGAGAUUUGAUAAAUCAAGAUAAUUUGGAUUGGGAUUUAUGGGGACCACUUAUUUUUUCACUUAUGUUUGCUAUUGUUUUGGCAUUCACCAAUGAAUCUCAAUCAACUGAAGUAUUUAGUGGAUCGUUUGCAUUUAUUUGGAUAUUUUAUUUUGUUAUAGGAUUGAACGUGCAAUUAUUGGGUGGCACAAUUUCAUUCUUAUCGGCAAUCAGUGCAAUAGGAUAUUCAAUGUUUCCUAUUGUCAUUGGAGAAGUCAUCUGUACCUUGUUAAUUAAAUGGAGGUGGAUAAGACUUCUAAUAAUGUUGGUCUUGAAUGUUUGGAGUAUAUACGCAGGUGUUAUGAGUGUUAAAUGUUCUGGGGUGUUCCCAGGUAGAGUGGCUUUGGCCAUGUAUCCUGUGGGGCUCUUUUAUUCCGUACUUAGUUGGCUAGUCAUUAUUACAUAG